AGCCAAGAAAUUAAGUAAAACAUGCUCUCUGAGCCUCCCUUGUAGAGCUGAAGAGCUAUGGCGGGUGCCCUGGGCACCUCUCUUUCUCUUCUCCUUCCUUCCACUCCCAUUUCAAGAAAACAUCUUUCGCUAAAAUCCUCGCUGUCAGCCUCAAACCAGAGAAAACCCACCAAGAGAAAGAAUUAUCUUCGCGAAAAGAUUCUCAAAACCCUUACAAAACCUCACCCCAAUUUUCCCCUUCCCGUUCCCAUUGAAACACCCCCCACCAUAGACCCCUUAGCACCCUCUGAAUCCCCAUUGGAGCGAAUUCCAGUAUACCCUUCCGUUGAAGUCGCCGGUGAGGAGCCCAAGGAGUCGGAAGUACAAGAAGUACAAGUGGCUCAAGUUUCUGAACCUCGCUUAGUAAACCACGGUAAAAGUUCUGCCUUGAAACUUUUUUCAUGGCUAGUUGCGGCCGUUAUUGUUCCUACCAUUUAUGUUAGGGUGUUCGGGUCAGCUGGUUUUGAUAGUAAAAAGGGGAACUUUGGUAGGAAAAAUGAAAAAGAUGAGAUCUUGGAAAUUGGUGGGGUUGGGAACAGUAAGUCCAAGCUGAAACUUUUCUCGAAUGGAAGUGAAAAUGGCUGGACUGGACUUGUGGAUGAGGCUGAAAUGGAGAGGAAUAUUGAGGAAGUUAAGAUGAUGGCAAGGGAGGCUAGAGCAAUGGAAAGGAUUGAGGCUGCAAAGAGUAGUGCAAGUGAUUCUGGCGAUGGCUACGAAGAUGAUGAUAGCUCUGUUAGUAAUGCAAUUGGGAAGCUGCCAGGAUCUUUGGUUGGUUACCUGAUGAGAAAUGGUGAAAGGAAAGGCAGGGCGAAAACUGGUGGUUUUGAUGAAAAAGAAAUGAAUGCUGCAUUGUUGUUUAAGAAAAAGCAUAAGUAUCGAAGCUUUUCUGGUAAACCAAGUGAUAAACCUACUGGUUUUACGGCUCCAGUAAAACCCAAUGGGGAAGAACAUGGACAGAGAAGACAUGUCCAAACAUCUGAGCAAGGAAAACGUAGUAAUGUUUCUCAUGGUGUAGGAAAGACCUCAGUGGAAGAAAGGGAGAAGAAUUCGGAAGGAGAGAGACAAGAGGUUGCAAAAUCUGUACACGGAACUAUAGGUGGUGUUCAGGAUGGAAGUAACCAGAGUAUAUUGGUUGAAGCUCCGAAUAACAAUGAACCUAGCAUUCCGCAGACUACUGUGGUUUCCAACAAAAGGAAUAGGUCAAAUAGAAAUCUUAGUUCAAAGGGGAAAAAAGGUACAGAGAAACAAUCAGCCAAGAAAGCUGGGAGUACAAAUUUUGAAAAAGAAACCAACUUCUGGUGGUUGAGUCUCCCUUACAUUCUAGUUGUACGCAUGCAUAUCAGUCAUGAUGGUAAAGUACAACAAAGACUAUACUCCUUAAAAAGUAGCUCCGGGGAUUUGUCUCAUAUUGUUGCUUUUGAAGAUCGUAGUGAUGCUGCCAAUUUCUGUUAUAUUUUGCAGUCCUACUUUGAAGAUUUGGAAGACUUCAGCACUGAAAUCGUGUUAUUAUCAUUCAAUGAACACGAUGAAUCAGUAAAAUCAAGUAUGGAAAAUGCAAUUGUUGUCAGGAAAGGACAACUGAAGCUUUAUGCAGGCCAACCACUUGUUGAUGUUGAGACGACCUUGCGCUCAUUUGCUGCACAGAUUUGAAAUGCCAUUACGGCCAAAGGGAAACUGGAUAUUUUUUAGCCACUUAAACAGAUGUUUGAAUACUGUUAAAAAGCUGGAGAUUUGAGAACAUCAGAUGGAUGUGGACCGGAAGAUACUAUAGAUUCAUGUUUUUCUUUGGUAAAUUGUUUAUGAAAAUCGUUAGAUACUUAGAUGUUGGAGGUACUUGAUUGUUGUACCCUUUUCUUGCGCGAUUUAUGAUCCUUUUUUUUAUAUAUUGAAGAAAUAAUGUUCACAUAAUCACA